CCGCGGGGGACGCAGUGACCCUGGCAACUUCUCCAAGUCGGCCGGCGCCGCCCCGCGUGCCCCCGGGACCCCGCGGGAACGGCCGUGUCGCCGGCCGGGGCCCGGGCGGGUGCCGGGCGCUCCACCCAGGGCUUUGUGCUUGAAUUACACCUCUUCAGCCAGCUCAUUCCGGAUGAAUGAAUGAAUGAUUACACCAAGUGUGGUCCACACUUCCUCUGGGGUGCCCAGCACACGGGUGGAUGUAUAGGCGGGUCUGCGGAAAUUCAAGUUGAGUUGGAUCAUUUCAUGGACUCACUCCUCUCACUUGCUAACCAUGCUGCCUCGCUCCCAGGGCCCUGUCAAGUCGACUGACCAUUAAUCUCCCUCAGCGCACAAACCAGACUGCAGGUUAAAAUGGGGAACUCCGAGAGUCAGUACACCCUUCAAGGAUCUAAAAAUCAUAGCAAUACUAUUACUGGUGCUAAGCAAAAGCCUCGCUCCCUGAAAAUCCGUGGCCUUCAUGCGAAGGAUGACAAGUCAUUGCACGGAUGGGGUCACGGAAGCAGCGGAGCCGGGUACAAGUCCAGGUCGCUGGCCCGAAGCUGCCUUUCUCACUUCAAGAGCAAUCAGCCUUAUGCAUCCCGACCGGGUGGCCCCUCGUGCAAAGUCUCCAAAGGCAGUGCCUACUCCAAGCACAGGACAAAUGCCUCGGGAUCGGAUUUCCAGGGCAACGAUGCUGCUUUCUCCCCCGAGAACGGCUUCCACUACGUCGGGCACCCACCGGCGGAUAACCACGCGGCCUCGAGGGACUGCAAUGGGCACCUUCUCAACUGCUACGGCAGGGACGAGAGCGUGGCGUCCACCCCUCCCGGCGAGGACCGCAAGAGCCCCAGGGUGCUUAUCAAGACGCUGGGCAAGCUGGACGGCUGCCUCCGGGUGGAAUUCCACAGCGGCGGCCCGCACAGCGCCGCGGCCCCGGGGGCCUCGGGCGGCCCCGUGCAGCUGCUGCGCUACUCGGCCGGCUCCCCGCCCAGCCCGCGCGCCUCCCCCGCCGCCGCCGCGCGCCCGCGCUCCAGCAAGGGCAGCUCGCUCAGCUCCGAGUCCUCCUGGUACGACUCGCCCUGGGGCCCGGCCGGCGAGGCCAGCGAGGCCGAGGGCUCCUUCGCGGCGCCCGGCACACCGGAGCCGGAGCCCCAGCCCGGCCUCCACGCCGGCUUCCCGCCCAGGGAUGCUCCAAAGCCUUUCAGCCAAAGCGCCUCCCUCUCGUCCCUCCGGGAACCCUACCCGGACGCCACCCUGGGGAGCCUGGCCCCCGCGUCCCUGCGGCUCUCCGACGACUACAUGGGCCCGCGCGCCAGUCUCAGCGCCCGCGUCUCCUUCGCCUCCGACAUGGACGUGCCGGCCCGCGUGGAGCGCGGGGAGCCCGGGCAGUUCGCAUCCUUCACCCUUCCCUGCCGCAAGUCCAGGGCCCUGAGCGAGGAGCCCUCCAAGAAGGACACCCUGAAAGCCAGGAUGCGCCGCAUCAGCGACUGGACGGGAAGCCUCUCCAGAAAGAAAAGAAGACUCCAGGAGCCGAGAUCCAAGGAGGGCAGUGACUACUUUGACAGUCGCUCGGAUGGGCUGAAUGUGGACAUGCAGGGGCCCUCCCAGGCAUCUGCAUCCCUGUGGUCAGGGGGCUCGGCUCAGAUCCUGUCCCACAGAAGCGAAUCCGCUCACGCGAUCGGCAGCGAUCCGCUCCAACAGAACAUUUACGAGAAUUUCAUGCGAGAGCUGGAAACGAGCAGGACCAACACGGAGGACCUCGAAACGUCCUCAGAGACCGCCGAAUCCAGCAGCGAUUCGCUCAGCUCUUUGGAGCAACUGGACCUGCUCUUUGAGAAGGAACAGGGGGUGGUGCGCAAAGCCGGGUGGCUCUUCUUCAAACCCCUCGUCACUCUGCAGAAGGAAAGGAAGCUGGAGCUGGUGGCUCGGAGGAAAUGGAAACAGUACUGGGUGACACUUAAAGGAUGCACCUUGCUGUUUUAUGAGACCUACGGGAAGAAUUCCAUGGAUCAGAGUAGUGCCCCUCGGUGUGCCCUGUUUGCAGAAGACAGCAUAGUGCAGGCCGUCCCAGAACAUCCCAAGAAGGAAAAUGUCUUCUGCCUCAGCAACUCCUUUGGAGAUGUCUACCUUUUCCAGGCCACCAGCCAGACAGAUCUGGAGAACUGGGUCACUGCCAUCCACUCGGCCUGCGCAUCCCUUUUCGCAAAGAAACACGGCAAAGAGGACACAGUCCGGCUGCUGAAGAACCAGACCAGAAACCUCGUUCAGAAGAUAGAUAUGGACAGCAAGAUGAAGAAGAUGGCAGAGUUACAGCUGUCUGUGGUGAGCGACCCGAAGAACAGGAAAGCCAUAGAAAACCAGAUCCAGCAGUGGGAACAGAACCUGGAGAGGUUUCACAUGGAUCUGUUCAGGAUGCGCUGCUAUCUGGCCAGCCUGCAAGGCGGGGAGUUGCCGAACCCCAAGAGCCUCCUUGCUGCUGCCAGCCGCCCCUCCAAGCUGGCCCUGGGCCGGUUGGGCGUCUUGUCAGUUUCCUCUUUCCACGCUCUGGUAUGUUCUAGAGGUGACUCUGCUCUCCGGAAGAGAGCACUCUCACUGACCCAACGAGGAAGACACAAGAAGAGCUUAUUUUCUUCAUUAAAAGGGCUGGAUACGCUCGCAAGAAAAGGGAAGGAGAAAAGACCGUCUAUAACUCAGAUAUUUGAUUCAAGUGACAGCCAUGGAUUUUCUGGAACUCAGCUACCUCAAAGCUCCAAUAACUCCAGUGAGGUGGAUGACCUGCUGCACAUAUACGGGUCAGCAGUAGAUCGUGUUCCCCGAGACGGCUCAUGGGAAAGCCAGACUGACGUUCACUUUCAGGAUCAUCAAGCUGUGACCGUGAUGAUCAAGCCGGAACACAGAGUAGAAGAUAUUCUGACUUUGGCGUGCAAGAUGAGGCAGUUGGAACCCAGCCACUAUGGCCUACAACUUCGAAAAUUAGUGGACGAGAACGUUGAGUACAGUAUUCCUGCACCGUAUGAAUAUAUGCAAGAGCAGGUUUAUGAUGAAAUAGAAGUCUUUCCACUAAGUGUUUAUGACGUGCAACUCACAAAGACCGGGGGUGUGUCUGACUUCGGGUUUGCAGUGACCGCGCAGGUGGACGAACAUCAGCAUCUCUGCCGCAUUUUUAUAAGUGAUGUUCUCCCGGAUGGCCUGGCAUACGGGGAAGGGUUGAGAAAGGGCAAUGAAAUCAUGACCUUAAAUGGGGAAGCCGUGUCUGAUCUUGACCUCAAGCAGAUGGAGGCCCUGUUUUCUGAGAAGAGUGUCGAGCUCACUCUGGUUGCCAGGCCGCCGGACACAAAAGCAACUCUGUGUUCUUCCUGGUCAGACAGUGACCUGUUCUCAAGGGACCAGAAGGGUCUGCUGCCCCCUCCUAACCAGUCCCAACUCCUGGAGGAAUUCCUGGAUAACUUUAAAAAGGAUACGGCCAAUGAUUUCAGCAACGUCCCUGACAUCACAACUGGCCUGAAAAGGAGUCAGACUGAUGGCACGCUGGAUCAGGUUUCCCACAGGGAGAAGAAGGAACAGACGUUCAGGAGUGCUGAGCAGAUCGCCGCGCUCUGUAGGAGUUAUAACGACACCCAGACCAACGGCAUGGAAGGACCAAGGGAGAGUCAGGACCCGCCUCCGAGGCCGCUGGCUCGCCACCUCUCGGAUGCAGAUCGCCUCCGAAAAGUCAUCCAGGAGCUCAUGGACACAGAGAAGUCCUAUGUGAAGGAUCUGAGCUGCCUCUUUGACUUGUACUUGGAGCCACUUCAAAGUGAGACCUUUCUUACCCAAGAUGAGAUGGAGUCCCUUUUUGGAAGUUUGCCUGAGAUGCUUGAAUUCCAAAAGGUAUUUCUGGAGACUCUGGAGGAUGGGAUUUCAGCAUCAUCUGACUUUAACAUACUUGAAACCCCCUCGCAGUUUAGAAAACUACUGUUUUCCCUUGGAGGCUCUUUCCUUUAUUACGCGGACCACUUUAAACUGUAUAGCGGAUUCUGUGCUAAUCAUAUUAAAGUACAGAAGGUUCUAGAGAGGGCUAAAACUGAUAAAGCCUUCAAGGCUUUCCUGGACGCCCGGAACCCCACCAAGCAGCACUCCUCCACGCUGGAGUCUUACCUCAUCAAGCCCGUCCAGAGGGUCCUCAAGUACCCACUGCUGCUCAAGGAGCUCGUGUCCCUGACAGACCACGAGAGCGAAGAGCACCAUCACCUGACAGAAGCACUAAAGGCAAUGGAAAAAGUAGCAAGCCACAUCAACGAGAUGCAGAAGAUAUAUGAGGAUUACGGGACGGUGUUUGACCAGCUGGUAGCAGAGCAGAGCGGAACAGAGGAGGAGGUCACAGAACUUUCAAUGGGGGAACUUCUGAUGCACUCUACAGUGUCCUGGUUGAAUCCAUUUCUGUCUCUAGGAAAAGCCAGAAAGGACCUCGAGCUCACAGUAUUCGUUUUUAAGAGAGCCGUCAUAUUGGUUUAUAAAGAAAACUGCAAACUGAAAAAGAAAUUGCCGUCGAACUCCCGGCCGGCACACAACUCUGCUGACCUGGAUCCGUUUAAGUUUCGCUGGUUGAUCCCCAUAUCCGCGCUUCAAGUCAGACUGGGGAAUACAGCAGGGACAGAAAAUAACUCCUUAUGGGAGCUGAUCCACACAAAGUCAGAAAUAGAAGGACGGCCAGAAACCAUCUUUCAGUUGUGCUGCAGUGACAACGAAAGCAAAACCAACAUUGUCAAGGUGAUUCGAUCUAUUCUGAGGGAAAACUUCAGGCGUCACAUAAAGUGUGAAUUACCUCUGGAGAAAACAUGUAAAGAUCGCCUGGUACCCCUCAAGAACCGCGUUCCUGUCUCAGCGAAAUUAGCUUCAUCCAGGUCCUUAAAAGUCCUUAAGAAUUCCUCCAGCAGCGAGUGGCCCAGGGAGCCGGGCAAGGGCAGCUCGCUGGACUCGGACGAGGGCAGCCUGAGCAGUGGCGCCGGGAGCAGAGACGACGCCCACAAACACCCCCCCGAGGGCCUGGCCCACUUCUCCGACAGCCUCAUCAAAGAGAGCGACAUUCUGAGCGACGACGAGGAGGACUACCCCCAGACUGGGAAGCAGGGCAGCCCUACCAAAGACAUCGAGAUCCAGUUCCAGAGACUGAGGAUCUCGGAGGACCCGGACGCUCGGCCAGCUGAACAGCCGCCCGGCAAGGAUGGGCAGCCCAAGCUGGUCCGCGGGCACUUCUGCGCCAUCAAACGAAAAGCCAACAGCACCAAGAGGGACAGGGGAACUCUGCUGAAGGCGCAGAUGCGUCACCAGUCCCUGGACAGUCAAUCGGAAAAUGCCAGCCUCGAUCUCAGCUCUGUUCUCGAGCGAGAAUUCAGCGUCCAGAGCUUAACGUCGGUUGUCAACGAGGAGUGUUUUUAUGAAACAGAGAGCCAUGGAAAGGCAUAAUACAGGUCAAUCCAGAUAUGGGUUAAGUUGCUGGUUUCACUUUUAAACUGGGGGUAAAAUGGAAAUUGCAGAAAAACUAUUCAUUAUUGGGUUUUGUGCAGUAUACAUUUUCCCACAAAUAGUUGUAAAGAUUUAAGUUAUUUUUUUUAAUUUAUUGUGGAUCAGAAAACUAGAUUAAACUGGUCAGAAUUUGUAAAUUACUUAGUUUAUAUCCCUUUUGAGCAGGUA